AGCAAGUGUUUACGUGGGUAUUCAAUACGUAGGCACUAGGGCGCGAGUGGGGGCUCCUCCAGUUGGUUCAGUGAUCACUCCCCAGUUCCCUUCCCAAUCCCUCCCAACAGCUCCACGGAUGGCAUCCCCCUAAACCCGCUAGCUGGAGAACCACAAUGCAAAUACACAGAACUGCUUAUGUUUUGGAUUGGUUCGCUGAUUAUAGCAAUUUCCUGAAAAGGCGAAUGUCCCCAAAGCUGUGAAAAGGCACGAGAGAGGAUAACACGGAAGAAAACGCACGGAGAUCGUUAACCUCGCUAGGUAACGAUAACGAAAAGAACAAAGAUGCCUGAGGUCCGGGACCUUUCUGAAGCAUUGCCAGAGAUGCACAUGGACCCAAUCACUGGAGUGGGAGUAGUAGCCUCCAGGAAUAGGGCCCCCACUGGAUAUGAUGUGGUUUCUGCAACAACAGACGGCCUGGAUGCUGACCUGUGGAAAGAUGGCCUUUUCAAAUCCAAGGUGACGCGCUACCUCUGCUUCACCAGGGUCUUCUCUAAGGAAAAUAGCCAUUUGGGCAAUGUUCUUGUGGACAUGAAGCUGAUCGAUAUAAAGGACACUCUGCCUGUGGGGUUCAUCCCCAUCCAGGAGACUGUUGACACCCAGGAGCAGGCCUUCAGGAAGAGGCGUCUCUGCAUCAAGUUUAUCCCACGGGACUCCACAGAGGCCGCCAUCUGUGACAUCCGGAUCCUGGGACGCUCCAAGCAGGCCCCCCCACAGUACACCUUUAUAGGGGAGCUUAACAACAUGGGGAUCUGGUACCGCAUGGGGAACGUCCCUCGGGCCCAGGACUCCAUGCACACACCAACCACCAACAGCGUCCACACCGUGACCUCGUCCUCCAGCUCGGCGCCUGUCCCAGCCGCUCCCAUGCUCAAACAUAUUUCCAUGACCCUCCCAGCCAGCUUCAGAGGGAAGAACACUACCCGGCCAGACUACGAGCACCAGAACUCCAACCUGUAUGCUAUCUCAGCAAUGGAUGGAGUGCCUUUCAUGAUCUCUGAGAAGUUUGCCUGUGCCUCGUCUGAUCUGCAGCAGGUGGAUCUGAUGGGCAUUACUAUCAAGUCCUUGGCUGAGAUCGAGAAAGAGUAUGAUUACAGUUUCCGCACGGAGCACAGUGCAGCGGCCCGCCUCCCUCCCAGUCCAACCAGGACCUCCCUGAGCUCUGAGGCCUGAGGACACCGGCCCGCAGGAGAGACCUGUACACCACUACUGAGCACCUGAGAGGAGGAAACCACAACAGCAAAUAUGUCAUGGUCUCCAUGUGUUAGUUGUACUGUUGAAUUGUAAAGGAAAGUGAAACCACUGAGAGCAGACCAAAGCAGAACCCUGAGGGAUUCUGGGAGAAACCACUAUGUCCAACAUGGAUGAGCUGGCUUUUUAAUGGAAAUGGAAAUGGAAUGACCCAUUGUUGGACAAAACAGACCUUUCUUGCUCAAGGAAAGGACUCUCACUCAUCAGAUUUAUUUUCCCUAAACUAUGGUGAAGUGUUGUUGCCAGACACCACGCCCAGCCUGAAGAUAAAGCAUGAUGGAGGCCGCUCUGACCAACAUGCCAUCAUGCUUCUUUGUUCCUGGCCCAACUGUUGCUCUGUGAUUGGCCAGGCCCGGCACCACAGGGCCUAUCCUCCCAGCUCAUGUGUUGGAAAUGCAAAAGGAAAUGUCAUGUUAUGGGAUUUAGUUUUUAAGCUUGUACUGCAUAUCUUGAUGGGGAAUGAUGUCAUUGUUCUCUAGAUGUUACUGUAAUAUAGCGGUGUGGCUGUGAGUGCACUCUGUGUUUAGGAUUGUGUCAGUGUGCUUCCUGUUUGCCACAGAUGUUCCUCACACAUACUGUACCACUGUUCUCUUCCUGUGAUCAUGUCAGCCAGUUGUUUAGGGCUGGGUAUCACGCUUUCAUGUUAAUGAUCAACACUUGCCUUUGGUACCAACACCAGAACAAUACCUUACUAUGUAAUAUAUAAACCUUUUUAUUAUUUGAUCUGAAA